AUGAUGGCUGAUUCCGGUUGGACCAGCAAAUCGGAGCGGUCGCGAUGGCCCCCAUUGACGAGGAUGCUCAUGUCCGGCGAGCUCAGUGGUGAGCCUCCCAGGGAGCUGACCAUGAAGGAGAAGUUCGACAGGUGGAUGAUCAACGAAGGAUGGAGAAGAUUUACUGUGUUUCUGUUCAUGCUUUCUCAUGCCCUGGUGUUUUCGAUGGCAUUUUUGAACUACACACUAAAGGACAACUUGAGCGAUGCCCGUGCUACUUAUACAUGGACAUAUAUGGUUGCAAGAUCGGCUGCUUUAGUGCUACACUUCGACGUCUCCCUUAUCCUGUUCCCUGUCUGCCGUACUUUAAUUUCUCUGCUUCGACAGACGCCUUUGAAUGGAAUUAUCCAAUUUGACAAGAACAUCACCUUCCACAAGCUCGUCGCUUGGUCCAUUGUCUUUUUCACAUGGGUCCACACGAUUGCCCACUUGAACAAUGCCGCCCAACUUGCUGCUAAAAACAACCUGGGUUUCAAGGGAUUCCUGCACAUAGGCUUUCUCCUCGGACCGACCUGGACGGGAUGGAUCAUGACAGUUGCUCUCAUGGCCAUGGUGUUCACUUCUAUCGAGAAGCCACGCAGAGCAAACUAUGAACGAUUCUGGUACACGCACCACCUGUUCAUUAUUUUCUUCUUCUUCUGGUCGAUACACGGCCUCUGGGGUAUGAUCCCGACGGACAAUAAGCCCUACUUUUUCGGUAACGGUGUCUUCUACCUGUACUUCAUUUGGGGUGGUGCUAUCUAUCUACUCGAGCGUCUGAUGAGAGAGAUCCGCGGCCGUCACAAGACCUUUAUUUCCAAGGUUAUCCAGCAUCCGAGCAAGGUUGUGGAGAUCCAGAUCAAGAAAGAAAAGACGAAGACCAGAGCGGGACAGUAUAUUUGGAUCUGUUGCCCCGAGAUAUCGAUCUGGCAAUACCAUCCGUUCACCUUGACCAGUGCUCCCGAGGAAGACUAUAUUUCGGUUCACAUCCGUGUUGUCGGGAACUUCACUACGGCCCUUGCCAAAGCUCUUGGCUGCGAUUUCGACAAACCCAAGGACACCAAGGGCAACUCGGCCGUUGUGUCCGUCGACAAGUCCACCAGUGGUGGAGACAUUGACCCUUCGAUCCGAAAAGUGCUGCCCCGUAUCUACGUCGAUGGUCCGUUUGGGAGUGCAUCGGAAGAUGUAUUCAAGUAUGAGGUUGCCCUCCUGGUGGGAGCUGGUAUUGGUGUCACUCCCUUUGCAUCCAUUCUGAAGAGUAUAUGGUACCGGAUGAACUUCCCCCAGCAACGAACUCGCCUCCGCAAGGUGUACUUCUUCUGGGUCUGCCGUGACUUCGGGUCCUUGGAGUGGUUCCGUUCGCUGCUGUCUGCUAUUGAAGCGCAGGAUCUUGAGAACCGCAUUGAGAUUCACACUUACCUAACCGCCAAGAUCCAAGCGGGCGACGCAACCAACAUCAUGAUCAACGACGCCAACGCCGACCAGGACGCCAUCACCGGCUUACGGUCCCCGACCAACUUCGGCCGUCCCAACUGGGACAUGGUCUUCCGCGGUAUCCGCAAGAUUCACGCCCCCGCCGAAGCAGGUGUUUUCUUCUGUGGUCCCAAGGGUCUGGGCAGUCAACUGCACAUCAAAUGUAACAUGUAUUCCGAGCCCGGCUUCAGUUUCGUCUGGGGUAAGGAGAAUUUCUAA